UUCCUCUCGCACUAAAACUGCACGACAGAGACGAACUGUCGGAGCGUCUGAUUCUAAGUUUUAGCAAUCACUUGUCUUUAGGCCAAUGGGAGCUGGCUCGUGCUUUUUUUCAGCACAUUUUGCAAGUCAGUCCACAACUGGCUGGUGACAUUCUGCUAUGUCUCAUUCAGUCUCCUCGGCAAUGUCCUGUUAGGAGUUUAAGAGACUUUCACACAGAAAAUUUGCCGUGGCUGGCAUUGGGAGAGUAUAUGACUAGUUCAGUUAUCAGUGAAACGGUGUUUCUUGACCGUAAUUGUCAAAGACGUUUAGAGUUUCAGCUUCUACUGCAGUCUGCUGGCAACGAUAUACCACCUACAGUUUUAUUGGAACUGCUUGAUUACCACGCUGCUCUUCAUAAUGAUCAGAGUAAACUGUUAUCAUCAUUGCCCUCAUUCUCUUCUUCUUGCAUGGAAAUACUGAGAAAGAUCUUUGUUUCAUUCCCUUCGUUUGGGCAUGAAGUAGUGCACGAAUUGACACGUUCACAGGGUGUCUGUCAUGAAACCCUUGAACAACUUUUUAUAGAGGUCAUACAGGAUGAACUUUUGUCAAUCUCUGUAUCACCAGAUAUUGCUUCUGAUGAAUGCGCUCAACACAUUUUACGUGUUUACCAUCUUUUGUCAAUGAUGAAUCCAUCUGCGGAGAUGAAAAAUGUGGAUUUAGAUGGGUUGUUUACUGACCUGAUUCAAGCUAUGUUGGGUGUUACAAUUGCACCAGAUCUAAUUAGAAAGCCGUGUAUAUAUUCCUGUUUGUUGGGUCGUUCCAGUGACUAUGUAGUUACACGGUUUUGUGAGGUUGAAAAUCAUAUGUGGAACUCUCAGACCAUGUGUGCAACUGUUCUGUCAGGAGGAUCAAAUGAUCAGGAAGUUGUUGAGACACAAAUUGUUGAUAUGAGUAAAACUCUGGAACAAAACAUUGUGUGGAAGGAACUAUUUCACCAAGUAAUGUCUAAUGGAUACCAUGUUCUGGAGCACAUUGUGGAGUUGGGUGUGAGUUUAGUUUAUCAGGGGCGGUUUGUGGAAUUGGCUGAGCUUCUUUCAAGAGAAGACUUUAAUCCAUUACGGCCACUUCUUCUUCUGCUAGGCUGGUCACAUUGCCAUACAGUUGAUGCGGCCGGCUCUUUACUGGAUGCUAUAUGGCUGUCUCAUGAUGCUGAUCAUCAGCAUUUGUUGUUUGUUGCUUGUGAGAAACUGGCUUACCAGACACAACUUGUACAAUGGUGUUUGGAAAAGACAAGGCCAUUGAUGUUGACUGGUACCUCUCUCAAUGGGAGUACAACUUUUAGUGACAUGUUUGAUGGUCUUGAAGGUCAUUCUGUGCUGUAUGUUCUACAUUGUUGUACUCCUCUGGCAGCAUUGGCACCUGAUGAUGUUAUUGAGCUUCUGCAAAAGCAGCCAUUGUCAACACCUGUUCCUUCACCGGUCUUGUCUCAAGCAUCUCCUUCAUCUGGGCCAUCAACGCCUAUAUUGAAUGAUGAAGGAUCUUUCAUGACUUCUGAUAAUCUACUCUUCAGAGAGUUCCGUAGGAGCAGUAGCAUUGCAAGUACAGCUGAAAAAGAGAGAGAUGUAGCACUUUAUCAAGGGUUUUAUGCUGUUCAAAGUGCUAUAGAUGCAGUCAGGAUUUCAUUGCAAGUGGUAGCAGAGUCAGUGAGAAGGACCAGUAUCUCGCAGCAGGUGAUGCGACACAAUGCACCACUGUAUGAGGAAGCUGUGCUUGGCAGUUUGAAGAAAGCAAAGGAGGCUCUUUCACAAGUUUAUCCAUUGACAUAUCGUGUUGAGUUGUUAGAGAAUAUAUUUUCACUGCUGUUUUUGAAAGUUGGUGAUUUCCACAAGAUGAGGACGGAUGAUGACUCUGACGAGGCAACGACAAAACAGUCUUCAACUGUAGCUUUGGAGGGAUCUGAAGCUUCUACAUCUGAAACAUACUUUGGUGAAAGUGUUAGUGGGCACAGUGUAUCUUUGUCAUCUGUACGUUCACUGAGGUCAACAGAGCAGUUUGCUGUAAGUGAAUCAGUUGCUCAAGAUUUGCUGGAUAUGCUGAAAGGGUGCUUGAUUGAUCUUGACGCAACGAAAUUUGCUCAGCAUCGAGGAGCCCACGCACCAGCAUCUCAUUGGUCACUUGGUGGAUUGUCUUUUACUGAAUCUGAUGACUCGGUUAUGUCAUUUAAUCAGACCAAUAUAAUGACAUCUGUUUCUGUGCAAGAUUUACAACAACGACUGGCUCGCCUAAAUCAGUAUGUAAAUGAAGCCAAAUGGCGACUGCAGCUAGUGUGUAUGGGAGUUAGUAGUCCAGAGCAUUGUAAAGGAAGUUUAUUUAGCAUUGGAUUACAGGACAGUGACAGUGACAUUAGUGAAAUAGUAACAGAUGAAGAAGAAACAUUUGAUGGCAGUCUUUCAGAUAGCCAAUAUGAGAAGAAAGAUAGUCAGUUUGAGGAUAAGAACAAUAAUUCACAGAUAACUACUUCUGAACGAGCAGAUGAGCGGAAAAGAAAAAGAAAAUUUGAUGAAAACAGUACUUCUGUGCAUUUAUCUACUGAGGAUGGAGACCAGUCUGACUCAGGUGGAGAAGGUGAUACAGAAGAGACAGAAGGCAAAAAACCAAUGAUAAAGAAGAAACAAAAACGUUGCUAUUCUCGAUCUCCAAGGUCAGAGCACAUUUUCUCGAUGAAGCAAAAGUCAAAAUCAGCACUGUCAGGAAUUAUAUCAAGGAUGCUGUCAUCUCCAGACACUCUCCUUCAGCUUUGCCUUCGAAAUAGUAAUUAUGAUCGAGCUGAAGAAGUUAUUCGGAUGUUUGGUCUUGAGGAUACUGUGAGUGGCCAUGCAGUCAUGUUUGCAGAUCGCUUGGAUAUAGUGUCAUUGCAGUUGGCUGGUGCAAUGUCAAAGUCUCAAACACAGCAAACCACAAAAAAACUUAAGACAAUGGUAGCUGAGCAAAGUUCUUUAGUAGGAAGUCAACAAUCAUCUUGUCAACCAUUCCCAGAUCCUGGUUUUGGAUCAACAGAGGUUGACACACUUGAAGAGCUUUUGUCUAGUUCUAUUAGUCCUCGACAAUUUCCAUUUGUUGGUGAGCUGUCCGAAGAACUUUUCAAAUUGUCAAGCUCACUACCUUCUUUGAUACUGCUGGACCUUGCUUGUUCAUCAUGCAGUCAGCAAAAGGUAUGUCUGGAUAUACUGAACAUGGCUGUUGACAGAUUGCAAGCACUAGAAAAUAUUGCUGGUAUUGUACAUACCGUGGGGUCAUCGAUUGGUCCUAUUGUGUUUCUCAACAUGAUUCACAGGAUGAUGGAGAAAAUUGAAGAGCCACACACCUACUUACGGCAAUUUUUAAAUCAAGGCACUGUCCCGCUAGGUGAUGACUUGUGGACUACCAAUCAUGAGUCUGCUCUUUGGAAACGAGCCAGCCAAGAACAAGUGCGAAUGGAAAUGCUGGCUAUGGAAUCUGUUUUGGUCACAGAAAUGGAAAGAGCUGAUGCUGGUCACAAAUCUCCUUUACGAGAAGCAAUGGAGACUUUAUUGAAGUCAUUUGCAGAUGAUACAGACAGCCAUGCUAGCUACAUCAGAACACUGUUUACACAUGCUGAUAAUCUUUCCAGUCUUCUCAUACGUUGUGACAGCGACUCGAAUGAGCUUGAUUUGACAAGGAGGGCAUACAACCCUCUAGCAGUCCUAAAGGAAGGUCCGACUGUUACAUUAGAACGCCUUCUUUUUGAAAAGUGCCUUCAACCAGAAAAGCUGGAAGAAAUUGCAUAUGAGUUAAGCUUGAAUCUUGUGAAAAUUAUUGUUGACUGCUGCUGUCCAUGCAUUUCAGUUGUGCCUGUUGAGUGCAUAGUGACCGAGAAGUCAUAUGUUAUGAUAAGUGAUGUUGUGCCUGUUGUACUCAACAAAGAUGUGAGAGAAGUGAAGAAAGAUGAUGUAUCUUUGAGUAAUUUGGACAUUGAUUUGAUGACUAAGUUUGUGAGCUAUUUACAGGGUACUGCCAAAGCUGCUGGCGUCAGUGUGUUUGACCAACGGUUAAUUGAUGAGUCUCGCACUAAUGCUUCAUUGAAGAACCUACUUGCACUGACAUCUCUUUUCAACCAGUUUGAUAUGAGUACACUGAAGACACCAGUGGAAGAGCUCUGCUUUUUUGCUAAUGUUUUUAAUCUGAUGAUGAUUCAUGGUGCUCUUGUGGUGCCACUGCAGACAGUUUUGCGAAGUGGAGAUCUUGGUCAUUGUAGGCAACAGUUAUCGGUGUAUGGGAGCAAGAGCAAGGCAGAGAGAUUGCUGUAUAUGCAGCAUAUUGCAUAUCACAUAAACGGUUUAGGGAUAGUGAGUGCCUUUGACAUAUAUUUUCAUGUUCUCAGAGCCGGUCUUCCAUUACCAGAUUUAUUUGGCCCUGGGCUUUGUGACAUGGUUGGAGAGCUUCCACACUGUGUGCCUCUAAAGAAAUACUGUUCGCAGAAACCUAACCCUUACUUGCUGUUUGCACUAACUUUGGGCACAGUAUCCUCACCUUUUCCACAGGUUUUCAGGCCAAACAGUGUGGAAUCAAACUUAAGGUAUGCUUGCCUUGAGUUUUUGGAGGAAGGUUUGACUGUGGAUGUUGCUGGUGGAACAGUGACACUUCCUGGGCAACUGAAAUGGUUUGUGUCUGAUUUUUCUACUUCAGAGAGCUCAGAACUGAUUGAUGGUAGACGCGGCGAGGUUCUGAUGUUGAAUUUUUUUAAGGAUAUGCUGUCUACAUCAAAGGCAACUUUAUUAGAAACAUUGUUGCAAGAGACAUCUCAUGAUUCAGCUUCAACAGAAUCUUUUCUACUUGCUAAGAAGAAGCUGAAAAUUAUAUACAAUUCUUUCAACUGCUCAGUUGGAUUUACUUUAACGCCAUCCUUUGUUAAUACAUAUAACCUUCCCUUGCCUAGAACUAUGAAGUCAAGAGACUUGACAAUUGAUGUCACAGCUAAUUCUCAAUCCAUCAACUGGAAACUUGCAAAACUGCCAGGUUCAAAGCACAAAAUGACUAAUUCAACAUCACAAUAUUUGGCAUCCAAAGCUGGAUUGUUUUGGGUAUUAGCGAUUCUCUUACAACCACCAACACAAGCUGAGGAUGUCAUAGGUUCUGAGUCAGAGUCUGAUGAAGAGUCUGGAGUUACCCAAACAGUUACUUCUAAGUUCAAACGUGUAAAACAUAAGUUUAUUAGAACAAACUUUGUGGAGAAGCAAGUCCCUGUUCAAAUGACUGAACCAGUAUCACUUGUGCAAUGUUUUCUAAAAGAUCAUGCUCCUGCUUUAAGCAAAUUUCCUGCACUUCAACAUCAUGUCAAAUUAAGACUGUGUGCUCUUGUUCCACCUCAUAACUGUGUUACCAAUCGAUUUGAUUUGUCAGACAUCCAAAUGCUGAUUUUUGAAGAUAGAAUGAACCAAAACAUUAGUUCUGCUGUUUUGUGCUUACUAGACAUGCACAUAUCUUGUGGUCAGUGGGAUGGUGCUUUACGUUUGAUAGAAUCUGAGUGUUGCCUAAACAAUCAUGGAGAAGUCCGUUUGGCAUUGGAUGCUGUACUAGCUGGAUUACUGUUGUCAUCAAAUCGACUUGCUCAAGAUUUUGAGAAGUCUUCAGCAAGAGAGUUAUGGAAGUUUGCCGCUCGUAUUGGAAACUCGGAGAGAGCAGCUACAAUUGUGUUGUCCCAUUUGAAAGAAUGGACUCCAUUGUUUUGCAUAGAUGUUUUAAGCAUGUGCAAGAGUAGGUUAGUUUCAUCACAUUUAGUACCAACAAUUGACAGAACAGUUGAUGAAAUGUCCAUUUAUCUUGAGAUGACCAGAGAAAUGAAUGAGCUUAGCUGCACUUCCCAACCCAAAUCAGUCAGCUGGGUAUCUUAUAGAGAUGACCCACAACAAACUCUUCAACAUCUAUUACAACUGAAGAGCUUCAGUAGUGCAAAACGAUGGAUUAGACUCCGAAAUCUUGGUCAAGACGCAUUACUGAAUGUGGAGCAGCAGCUUUUGAUUGAGCAUUUAGAAGGCAAUUUUCCAGACUAUUUGAAGGCGCACAUUAUGCUGAAUGAACUUGUGUCCUCUAAUGUGACCACAGCAUUUUGUCUUGCUGAGAAAGUUCUUCACAAGGUUCUGCAACUCAGAAGUAAAGUGUUUAUGUUGGAAUUUAUUUUGGACAAAUUGAGAUCUCACAUGACAAAAGAAAGAAGGGAUGAGCUUGCCAAUCUCUGCUUGGGAGUUAAGGCACUUUGCUGCAUUCCAGAAGCAGAACAUGAGCACUACAAAUCUCUCAUCAAACAUCCUGAAUUGUUGUUUGAGCAACUUCUUAUGAAUGUUAAGGUUGACUGGGCAAGCAAUGUCUUGGCAAGCUGGUUCAGUAAUGAUUUGGCGAGUCAUACGCGAGGUGUUGUGGAGGCAGCGUCUAUUAACGAGCUAGUUGUUAGGUAUGCAUACAAAGCAUUGGAAUUUCCAACAUUUUAUCAAGGACAAACUUCUUCUUGGUUAGACUCUGUGACAUCCUCCAGGAUGGGAUCACCAACUGAUUUUGUUACUAGCCGAAAGUCAACAUUGUCAUCAACCCAGUUGUUUACUGCUUCUACUAAAAGGACUACAUCAUCAUCAUUUGGAUCAUCAGGACUUUUAGAUUCAGUGGCUGUUUCAACUUUAGCUUCUGGAUUUUGUCAGCCUUCAUUUGGUUCUAUGGUUCAACUGCCAGAUGUUGUGCCAACUCGGGAGGAGUGGAUGAAAGAUGAGGAGGUGGCAGCUUGUGUAAUCUGUGUGCAACGUUUCAGUAUGUUUAACCGCCGUCAUCAUUGUCGACGUUGUGGUCGUGUAGUCUGUGCUGACUGCUCAUCUCACAACAUGGUUGUUCCUACUUAUGGUGACAGUCCAGUUCGUGUUUGCAAACAGUGUUAUGAGCAUGCUACAUUAGAAUCGGAAAAGAACAUACAUGCAAACUUUUCAGAGAGGCCUGAUGACCAGAGCUUUCCAACUGGCAGUGGAGGCAGUGGUGAGCAAGACUAUGGCAAACUGCUUACUGAAGAUUUUGAAAAACAGAAUGUGUGGUUACUGGAUCCUUCAUUCCCAGAUCAGUGUGAUGAUACCAGGAAACAGUUCAGCUUUGACCAGGCUCCAAGUACUGCUUUGUGCAUUAGCUUACUGGAAUUGCAUAGUGAUGCACAACAGUGUGCCUUGAGUAUUAUCAAACUGUGUCGUACAGUUUCAUUAGACUUUGUCUCUAUCAAACGGGAAAUUGUCAAUCAGGAAGUUGAUCAUAACUUAGUGAUUCAGAUGAUUAGUCACUUGCUGUUUACAGCAAAGAUAAAAUUCUUAGACUGUGGUGAUAAUUCAGGUGUAGAAUUAUGUGACAGCUACAUUGCUACUACAGAUAUAUUACGGCACUUGGUAUCUGCUGAAUCAGUGUAUAUACCAAGUCUGGAUGACUUGUUACAAUCAGACACAGCUUGGCGUUUACGGGACAAAUUGUUGGAAGAUGAUCGAUUUACUUUAGCUAGGGAAGUCUCAACUAAAUGCAACUUGGAUGUUGGUGCAGUGUGGGCAGCUUGGGGAAUGGCUUCAUUACGGGCAGGGAAGUAUGAAGAAGCUAGAGAGAAAUUUAAGCAUUGCUUAGGGCGUUCAACAGAGGUAGCAAAGUCAUACUCCAUGCAGCAACGCUUGGUAGCUAUAAUCGAAUUUAUAACUACCACGCCGUACAUUGAUCCUCAGUCAACACCUGAUGCCAAAGAGACAAUACCAGCUGCUCGACGUGCUGGAACUGUAAAACUUGAUUCAGCUCGCUUUGCAGAAUGUCUGUACUACAUGCAGACAUAUGGUUCUGACUUGAUGCUUGUUGAGUUUUAUGUUCGACACAAUUACUUACGUAAGGCUUGCAUGUUUGUACUUGACAAGAAGUGUUCAUCAGAUGUUUUCGUGGAAGGUCUCUUGGUACCAUCUUUGCGAUAUGGUUUAUUUACAGAACUGAAAGAAGAACUUCUCAGUGUUGGUGGCACAGUAGAUAAAUGGGAAAACUACCUUGCAAAGUCUUGCCAAUAUUUUGAAGCCAAACACUUGUAUGCUAUUCUAUACAAGGUUCAGUUGUUCAUGAAGGAUUAUGUCAGAGCUGCUAUGACUUGCAUCAAGUUUUUUACUGGUGCAUGUGGUUGCUUUCAUGGACAAGAUCUUUACCCACAGCUUCCACAUCUUCAUAGAGCUAGCAAACAUCUUGAAACAUAUGUGAGUACAAACAGAAGAGCUCAAGUCAAUCAAAUUAGAGGAACCACAGUGGGUAGGUGGGAGAAGUCGCGACGCAUCAGUGGUAUUUAUGACAUGCAGUCAAGAAGUGAAGAUCCUCAACCUGUUGCACAUAGUGGUUCUCGAUUAACAAUUCCGGUGGGGGAUGCACAAAAACAGAUUGAUGUAAUCAAGUUGCAGGUGGAAGUAACAACGUAUUUGCACACAAGAGGCAUUCAUGGUGCAUCUGCCGGUGAUGCAGCCUUGCCAUCAUCUAAGUCUACUGAACGGCCAGCAACUUUGUUUGGUCGGAGAGGUGCUCGAACUGCUGUUGUCUGUAAGGUGCUCCUGGAGAGUCAAAACAUUAAAGAGGGAUUUGAUUUAGCAUUUCGAUUGAUUCAGUAUUUUAGCAUUCAGGCUUCAAGAGUGUACUCUUUCGUUGGUGAAACGCUAGCUCAAGAGCAUCGGAUUCAACAAAUUGAGCAGUUGCUAGAUUGCAUUAACAGCAGUGGAUUGAGAGAUGCUAGGGGAUGGGAUGAAAUUCUUAAUGCUUGCAUUAAUGUGCUGGCAAAAGACAAGCGUGAGGCUAAAGCCACUGAGAAAUUUAUUGAUCGUCUGAUCAAUAGUGACAACAAGAUUGAUGCCCUUGUUCGUUGUGGUAAACUGAAGAAUGCUUACCUUGUUGCUGUGCGAGAGAAGCGAAUAGAGCAGGUAGAACGCAUUGCUGAUUUAGCUCAGAAAUCUGGUGAAGUGAACAUAUAUAAGAUCUGUGACAAGUAUUUGGAAAGUCAACGUGAAGAACGCUUGCUAUCAGGGGGACGGUAGCAUUUGAUGUGCUGUAUGUUACUUGUUUCUUUUUUGGUGUUUCAUUGGAAAACUUCGUGUACUUUCAAUCUGAUUUACUUUUAUAUGCUUAUAGUAGUAUACAUCUAUAGCAUCAUAAUUGCUAUGAUUUCCAAGCGCAAAGCUUUCUGCUUUGUUGCAAUAAUGGUCGAAGUUUUUGGGUAUGAGGCUAGUGUGAAUUGAGUUGUUUCUGCUUGUCAUAACACAAUAUUCACACGUUUGCCUACAUGGUGUCAUUGUAACUUUGUUAGGCAGCAGUAUAGUUUUGCAGACUACUUUUGCUAUGUGUAGAAGUUGUAGGUUUGCAGUGUUUAUUUUGAUGAUUAAAUUUGUCUAC